AAUGAAUCACCCGACCCUGAACUCAACUCUACGCGCCCAACACUGAUAAAGCAGAAACCAUCCCUCCACCACCACACCACUCACCUCCUUCCUCCUCCAUCUUCUUUCUCUCAUCGCUUGCUGCUGCCCGGAGCGAGCACUCGUAACAUCCGUGUUCAAAGAUCUGUGAUAGUAUUGGCUCUUGCUUCCAUGGUAUUCUAGGGUUUCGAGUCUCGCUCACCGUCUACUGCGUUGCGUUUUCCUGUGAGGAAGCAACGACUUCGAACGAGAUUCGUUUACUGUGUUGAUAUCGUUAAUGGAAGCGUGUUCGAUCAGAUUAAUCGUUAUAUUCUUAGCGUCGUCCUUGUUCAUCUUUGGAGUGCUAUCUUUUCUUGCGGAUACGGAUGCUUUGACGGGUAGUAUGGGUUUCAAGGAAGAUGGCAACAACACUCUCUCUUGUACUCAUCGCAAGCUUCUCCAUCAUCGUGCCACUGCUACGGCGGAGCCGAACCGAAUUUGGGGCGACAAAUGCAGCAAGGCUGAUAUUGUAAUACACCAAGGUCCCACAGCACCUCUUCCCAGUGGCAUUCCCACCUACACCGUUGAGAUCAUGAAUCUUUGCGUUGGUGGUUGCAAAAUUGCUGGUAUUCACCUGCACUGUGGCUGGUUCAGCUCUGCUCGCCUCAUCAACCCAAAGGUGUUCAAGCGCCUUCACUACAAUGACUGCCUCGUUAAUGAUGGGAAGGCCCUCAAGAAUGGCGGUACCAUCUCCUUUCAAUAUGCCAAUACCUCUUAUCCUCUCUCAGUUUCUUCUGUGGUCUGCGCAUGAUGACCCCUCCGAAAUAAUAGAGGCCAUUGUCAUUUUCGUUUAGUUUUUGUUUUUUGGGCACAAAUUUUUGACAUGUAUAUAUAGGUAUAGGUAUAUGCCAUAUUGCUUUUCAUGUGCAGGCUGUGUGAGCUUUGAACUGUGAUUAGAGGAAUGCUUAAAAUUGUUUUUGAUAGCGACUAGGUGAAGUGAUAAGUUUCAGACC